UCCAACAUCUUGGGAAUAGGACGUGGACCAGGUCAGGAUGGGGAGGAUGAGGUCAUCUUUAGAAGACACGGCCAAAGAAUGUGAGAUGAAGCAGCAAUCCAAGUAUCUUUAUAGAUUUGUGCUUUGCAGUUUAUAUUAAAAAAAUAAAAAUGACUAACUUAUCUACAGACUUGCCAACAAGAGAUUUUAUUUUAGUAGGCUUCUCCGAUUAUGUCCAACAACCCAUUGUUUUUUUCCCGGUAUUUUCUGCGAUCUACAUGCUUUCUAUUUUGGGCAACCUUCUUCUGAUCUCUGUCACUAUCGUAUCGCCUCAGCUACAAUCUCCAAUGUACUUUUUCCUCAGCAACCUUUCUCUUGUAGACAUGUGUUUGACAACAGUUGUGGUCCCUCGACUCCUUCUAAACUUACUGCUCAACCAGAAAAACAUCUCUUUUCCAGAGUGCAUUGCCCAGGUUUAUUUUUUCAUUGCCUUUGCAGGAGUUGAAUGCUUUAUUCUUUCCUCGAUGGCCUAUGACAGAUACAUAGCUGUCUGCAAACCUUUAUACUACAUAACAAUAAUGAACAGAAAGUUGUGUCUCCAGCUAGCCUUAGCUUCAUGGAUAAUCAACUUCGUCAACUCCGUCCUUCACACUCUUCUAAUUUCUAGGUUGUCUUUUUGUGGACCUCGAAUUGUUCAGCAUUUCUUCUGCGACUUACUGCCCCUCUUUAAACUUUCUUGCUCCGAUACAUCAGUCAAUCAGUUGGUCAUCUUCACCGAAGGCUUCAUGAUCGUUGCGUUGCCUUUCUUGGUAACUUUGAUUUCCUAUAUUCAUAUCAUUUGGACCAUAUUGAAGAUACCAUCCACCAUAGGGAGGAAGACGGCGUUUUCCACUUGUUCAGCCCACCUGACCGUAGUCACCUUGUUUUAUGGAACAAUGAUUUGUGUGUAUUUUCGACCAUCAUCUGCAUAUUCUCCUGUACAUGAUAAACUUGCAGCAGUUCUAUACACAGUCUUCACCCCAAUGCUUAAUCCAUUUAUUUACAGUUUGCGGAAUAAAGAUGUAAAGAUCUCAUUCAAGAAACUCAUACAGUCCAAUAUAUAUAUGUAGCUGAACC